GAAGCAAAAUAUAGAAAUACUAGUCAGAAGAUAAAAGAUGAAGUAAUCCUGUCUACUCAGUACACUAAUAUACGCCAAUGAAAGUCAACACUUUGUUAAAGGGUUAAACGAGGUCUGUUAGAUAGGUUGUAACUAGAUAUUGUCAGCUUACUAGAGACUAUUAGUUAGUGUCAAUGUUACUGGAUUUUUACAUGUUCCACUUUGUAAUCUAUUUCUAGUUGGUUUGUUUUAGUAUCAGAAAACCUUAUGGGUGUUGAUUUUUUUCAGGCUUCUUACAUGGAUAAAAAACUGGCUGAAUCUCUUGAAGAGUGGAUGAAGUAUGACAAGAAUGAAAACACGCGCUCACAAAUCAAGUUACUGAAAGAAAAAGAAGCGUGGAAUGAGUUACGGAAGUUAUUGCUAGAAAGAAUGUCAUUUGGGACUGCUGGAUUACGAGCAAGAAUGGGACCAGGAUAUUCUCAGAUGAAUGAUCUAACAAUUAUACAAACAACUCAGGGUUUACUUAAGUAUUCGCUAAAAACAUUCUCAGGUCUCAAGUCAGAUGGAAUUAUAGUUGGUUAUGAUGCUCGACAUAAUAGUAAAAAAUGGGCGCUUAUUGUCGCUAAUAUAUUUAUUAACGCUGGCUGCAAAGUGUACUUGUUCAAAGAUACAUUCCCAACUCCUAUGGUCGCAUUUGGUGUUAGGCUCUUCAAAACGGCCUUGGGUGUUAUGAUUACUGCAUCACACAAUCCGAAAGACGACAAUGGUUACAAGGUUUACUGGUCGAAUGGAUGUCAGAUAAUCAGUCCUCAUGACAGUGGUAUAUCAAGUUGCAUCCUUGAAAGCUUGGUACCUUUGGAAACUUCAUGGAACAUAGAUAAUAUUGAGGCGAAUCCUCUCUGCUUAGAUCCAAUGCCUAGGCUUUUGAAAACUUACUGUCGACUACAGAAGAGUAGACUUUGUUUUACAGAAUCUGAAAAUAUAAAAUGCAAAACGCCUUUUGUGUACACGCCUAUGCAUGGUGUAGGUUGGGAGGCAGUUAAAACAUUAGUUUCGUGUUUUGGGUUUCCUCCACUUGAACCAGUUCCUGAACAGGUAAUGCCUGAUCCAGACUUUCCAACUGUUGACUAUCCGAAUCCAGAAGAAGGUCGUUCUGCACUCAAUUUAGGUAUUAAACAUGCGGAAUCCAUUAAAAGUACCAUCAUUUUUGCCAAUGAUCCAGAUGCUGAUAGACUAGCAGUUGCUGAAAAACAAACAUCUGGUCAAUGGAAAAUUUUCAGUGGUAACGAACUUGGAGCUUUAUUUGGUUGGUGGUUAACCUUGCAGUGGAAAAUACACAAUCCUCAAGUAAAACCUUCCAGUGUUGCUGUAUUAUCUAGUACUGUGUCUUCUAAAAUAUUAAAAACUAUUGCCGAACAAGAAGGAUUUCGAUUUGAAGAAACUUUAACUGGUUUCAAAUGGUUGGGUAAUCGAUCCUGUGAGCUAGAAUCGCAAAAUAUUAAGACAAUCUUCGCUUUCGAAGAAGCUAUAGGUUUUAUGUGUGGUGAUGUUGUCUGGGAUAAAGACGGUGUUGGGGCUUUAGCAGUUAUGGCUGAACUGACUUCUUAUGUUUAUCGUAAAGGAAAACUAUUAUCUGAGCAAUUAAUAGAGAUUUAUAACAUUUAUGGUCAACAUAUUUCCAAUAAUGGUUAUUACUUUUGUCAUGAACCGGAGAAAAUUGUUAUGAUGUUCAAUCGCAUACGUAAUUGGCCUAAUGAACCUGGUCCUAAAGGCUAUCCUCAAAAACUUGGUCGAUUUCAGAUAACUGGUAUACGGGAUUUAACAGUUGGUUAUGAUGAUCAUUAUCCAGACUUAAAACCGGUAUUACCUGUUAGUAAGUCAAGUCAGUUGAUUACUUUCGAUUUCUCAAAUGGUGUGACACUAACGCUUCGUACAAGUGGAACUGAACCAAAAAUUAAAUAUUAUUCUGAAUUGAGGUCGAAACCUGGAAGCGAAGCAUCUGUGGAAUCUUUAACAAAUGAACUUCAAGAACUGGUGAAUAAAAUGAUUGAAGAAUUUUAUGAACCUGAAAAAAAUGGUUUCCUUCCUCGUGUGGAUUAAGUUGACGUUGUUAUUUACUUAUUUGUUUUAGUUCUUUAUUAAUUUAAAAGAAAGAAAAUUGUGCUUUUUUGGUUAUAAAUAUUUUGUUGCUCUAUGUACUUUUAUUUGUUCACUCUUUGUUAUUGACCUUGUUUUUUCUAUUUAUCUCUCUGUUCUAUCUAUUUGUUUGUUUAUUUAUUAGUUCACUAAUUUAAUAAAUUUUGAAUGAUACUUUCUGUUAAUUUGUAGCUUUGAUUUUUACUUUCAUUUGUUUAUUUUUAUUUGAUUGAACCAUUUUGAUGAUGAACAGAAAAAUAAAUUGUUUUAAUUAUUUGUUAUUGUGGUUUAAUGUUAAUUAUUUUCUCUUAUAUAUGACUAGAUCUACUGGUUAUCUGUUGUUAUCUCAGCUGUUAACACAGAUAAUUGGAUAGCGUUGCUUACCUAAUAAUGUUAAAUUUCUAAUUGGAAUGGUAAAUAACGGUAUCGGGAAUGUGCGAAAUGUCUGAUCUACUGAUGAGGGGUACAUCUGUAUCAUAAUUAUCCUUGAUAUUAUCAAUCUAAUCCAUACUCAACUUUUGUUAAUUCGAUUUUCAGUAACACUUGUUACUGACAAAUAUUUAUUGAUAGUAUAUCUAUUUCACUGAUGAUAUAUAUAUGGCCGAAUUGUAGGAAAUUUAUUGUACUUGAGUUUUUAUGAGCUCAUAUACGAAUAGCUGAUGGUCUCCAAAAUGGGUGAAACGUGUAUCCUCAGUUCAUUGUUUAAUAGGUGGAUUGGUACGCUUGUGUUUCACUACUACUAAUUUUCUUAUACGCUAAACAUUUGGUCGGUAAGCUGUAACUCAACAUAUUUAGUUACUUGUCACCGUUUCGAGCAUACGUAGAGUUUUAUCUAACAUAAGUAAUAUCCUUCCACUCAAAUUCUUUAAAUUUAUAUACUCUUUUUUCGUUUUUUUUUUUUUUUGGAUCAUGUUCACAUUGAACCUAAAUGUUCAGUAAGCUUGAAAGAGAGAAAUAUUCCAAAGGGAAUGUUCUCAGAAUACGUCCAUAUUUAUUGAAAACUAUAUGUUGACAUCAACCAUCUCUCUUCAAGCAUUUACAUUCAAUUCUCAUUGUCUUGUUAAUUAAAGUGACUUGAUUACGUUGUUUAGUGAUUAUACUUGCUUGAAAAACAGAUACAUUGAUUGCGUCUUUAAAUAUCUUGGCAAGUGUAGCCUAUUAGUGACUUGAUUGAUUAACUGGUGAGUAAAUUUCUGCACAAUCACCACAAAUAAUCAUAAGCCAGUGUAAGAUUAAUUUGACCACAAUCCUUAAAUUUCUGAUGUACCUAGAUGUGACGCCAGGAUCUACAACUGUAGUUAGAACACAGUCUUUUAGUUAUAUAUGUAUCACACUAAUCGAUCCUAAUUGUAGCUGCAUGCUAUUUUUAUCCUUUUGCACCAGUCACUUAUGUAUAAAAGGUGAUCUGGUAUGUUUUCAAUUAUCCUUUUUAGAUACCGGGAGUUUACAAGAAGUUAUUUGGAUAGCUUUCUGAUUUUACAUAUUGCAGUAAUUUUCUUUUACAAAAACUAUUGAUUCAAAAAGAAUGUGGUCUAGAUUUCUUUUACUCAUAAGUUAUCAGACAACUGAUUAUUCAAAAGGUGUACACAAAAGUUCCUAAGUUUAAGAAGCAUGUUCACUUUGUGUUAUCCUAUGACAAUAGGUUGAAUAACAAUAGUGUGUCGAAUCAUUCUUUUAAUUAAUAUUUACCUGGAUGAAAUCACAGUUUAAGUUGUUUGAACCUCGGUCACCUGAAAGUUUAUAUGUGUAAGAUUUCUCAGCAUGUUUAACCGUUUUGAAAAAGUAGGUUUUCUUUUAAAACUUUAUUUAAACCCUUUGCUAUUUUGUGCUUGUAUACAUUUUCUGUGCGGUUUAAUAAUGAGUUUUUUAGAGCAGUUUAUAACUUUGAAUUUUUUUAAUUACAGACUGUGCACUGUAACAUAACUUCAACCAAACGCAGCAUCCAGAAACUUACGUAUGCUGAAUUUCGCACACAAUUUAGCCUCUGAUUUUAGAUGCUGUUAAUACAAUAAUUAAAAUCCUCAUCUAAUUAAAUGAGUUUGAAGUUUCUACGAAUCUAUGAUGAUACUUGCUGUUAUGUCUUAAACUGCCGUGCUCUGGUUCAAUGCCCGAUCGCCUAUCAUCGUGGAUUAUACUCUGUCGUACCUACUAACAAUUGAUCUGAAUAAACUCAAGAAAAGUUAUUCCCUACUAUCAUGGUCUAGGAAACCGUCGAUAUUCGUGAUGUUAAUUUGGUGUGCUCUAAGUAUUAUUCACUAAAUUAGUCGGAUUUGAGAUUUUGUAUGAAGGUUAAAGAUUUCAAACUGACAAUUUUGGAAAGACAUUAACACGUUUUUUUAAAGAUUCGUAAAAUAAACUGUUUCUGCGUUUUUCACUGUAAUUCCCAGUCAUCAACUUCCUAACUAUCUUUAAGAUUUUUCACACUGAAACGCCCUAAUCUUUUUUAGAUAAGAUUUAGUAUCCCACAUAGACAUUCUCCAGUUGACAAUCUUGAUAUUAUCCAUCACUGUAUGUAAUUAAACCUAAGAUAAUUCUUUUGUAGAUGGCUUUCGGAGUUUUUCUGGGAGACAUCUGUCGAAAACAUCAAUAUAAGGAAGAUGAUUCAGUGUUUCUUUUUGCUGGAACAAUGUCAUAUUGAUAAAUAUUGGUUGAAUUGGUCAAGGCAAUUGUACAUUGAACAAUAAUUCGCUAUUUUCGUUGCUCUAUUUAGACUAAAUGACGGUCUACACAAUAAUCGGACGCGCUCAUACUUCUGCGUAUUAUAGGAUUAAUAAAAGAAUUUAUUUCAAGUCCUCUUUUAUAUUUACACAGUUAUUGACUUUACCUAACACAGGUUGAAAUAUGAAACAUAAAAAUUUUACUGAUUUCAAAAUUAUGCAAGAAAAAUAUUGUUGUAAAUAAUUUAUUGGAUCUCAGUGUGUAAAACUUUCCUAAUUCUCCAUGUUUCAAUAUCUGUUUAAAUGAGUGGAUAAACAUGGUUAAUUGUACUUAUGAUGUGACUUGGUGUCAAUCCCGGGUACGUCUUUUAAAAUGUACGUUUACUUAAAUUCCAACCACUUUAUAAUAAGACAAAAACUUGACUAUAUCGAGUUGAUCUGCAUAAGAUGCACAUAUGCUAAUCAAGAUUAAUCAAAAUCCAGCCGAAAAUAUGAAAAACAGGAUAAUCUUAAGCAUUACAAAUUAGAAGUCCUACCCGUUGCACAAGUAAAUAAAUAUUUGACUUUUGUAGCUGAGUGGAUAACAUGUUGGUGUUCUAACGGUGGAGUGAAUGUCAUCUUUAGGAUGGAUGUGCAUCCAGUUGAAGGGUCCCGAAAAGGACACCCGGGCAUUAUCACAGUCCUUACACAUAUCAAAUGAGAUCUGUGUGGCGCAUAUGUAUUUGGUGCCUCCUUGUACCAAUAUCUAUGUGUAAAAAUAAAUAAAUAAACGUGUUCUGGAUUUCACUACUAGCCACAUUCCGUCUAUACUGUGUAAUAAAUCUAAAGGUUACUUUGAUUGUCCAGUUACCUAUGUUCGUUUUAAUAACGCGGAUAUCAGGGAGCUUUCUGUUAGAUGUUUUAUCUACAUUCUUCGAAAGUGGUUGUUAACAAAUUUUCAUUUUCGAACAUGAUUUGUUUCACAAUCGACGAUCACUUAAUAUUUUCGGAUGCUAACUAAGUUACUUAUGAGUAGUCAAACUAGACAUUUGUAAUAACAGGAUACUCAACCUUCGGUUUACCAGAGAUUAAAGGAUUGCGUGGCAUUCGUAAUGUCUACUGGGACUACCUAGUUUCUUAAACUUCGUUAAUUGAGUCUAUUUUGGAAGCUACUACUGACUGGUCAUAAAUCACUUUCAUCAACAUCAAAAUUGGACUAUAGUUCAAUAAAAAGAUUAGUUGGAACAAGCUUUUUUCUCGCGUAAUUAAAGCAUGUUCGACGAAAGUAUUUGAAGUUUUCUGGUCCGUGAUAUUGAGCGACCAUCACAAAUACCUUCUACGUUAUCUACCUCUAUUUCACCAUGUUCAGAUCCCAUCAAUUGUAUCUAGAACUUAAAGAAUUCUUCUCAAACUUAGUCACUAGCAAACACACAUUCUAUUAAGGUAAGAAAUUAGUUUGAGCUGCUCAAUGCAAAUCAUUCACUAUUUAUGACUAUUUAAUCACCCUACUAUUGUAUAAACACUUGUUUAUUUCCAAAAAUGAAAAAAAGAUCGUCAUAAAACACAGUGAAUUUUCUUUAAUGAUCUC